CUGGUAUUUAUUCCAAAGGCUCCUCAGGGCUGGGUCCCAGAGGAAAGAAGCUCUCGCCUCGGUGCUUUCCCCCCCCAGAUCCCCCUGACCACCGACUGCUCCCAGCAUGUGUGAGGAGGAAACCACUGCCCUGGUCUGUGACAACGGCUCCGGGCUCUGCAAAGCGGGGUUUGCGGGGGACGAUGCCCCCCGUGCUGUCUUCCCCUCCAUCGUGGGUCGUCCACGGCAUCAGGGUGUCAUGGUGGGCAUGGGGCAGAAGGACAGCUAUGUGGGUGACGAGGCACAGAGCAAGAGGGGGAUCCUCACGCUCAAGUACCCCAUUGAGCACGGCAUCAUCACCAACUGGGAUGACAUGGAGAAGAUCUGGCACCACUCCUUCUACAACGAGCUGCGUGUGGCCCCUGAGGAGCACCCAACCCUGCUCACCGAGGCACCCCUCAACCCCAAGGCCAACAGGGAGAAGAUGACACAGAUCAUGUUUGAAACCUUCAAUGUCCCCGCUAUGUACGUUGCCAUCCAAGCUGUCCUCUCCCUCUACGCCUCCGGCCGCACCACCGGCAUCGUCCUCGACUCCGGGGACGGCGUCACCCACAACGUGCCCAUCUACGAGGGCUACGCGCUGCCCCACGCCAUCAUGCGCCUUGACUUAGCUGGCCGGGACCUCACCGACUACCUCAUGAAGAUCCUCACUGAGAGGGGCUACUCCUUCGUCACCACGGCCGAGCGAGAAAUCGUGCGUGACAUCAAGGAGAAGCUCUGCUACGUGGCCCUUGACUUUGAGAAUGAGAUGGCCACGGCUGCCUCCUCCUCAUCGCUGGAGAAGAGCUAUGAGCUCCCUGAUGGGCAGGUGAUCACUAUCGGGAACGAGCGCUUCCGCUGCCCCGAGACCCUCUUCCAGCCUUCCUUCAUCGGCAUGGAGUCAGCUGGCAUCCAUGAGACAACCUACAACUCCAUCAUGAAGUGUGACAUUGACAUCCGCAAGGACCUCUACGCCAACAAUGUCUUGUCUGGUGGCACUACCAUGUACCCUGGCAUCGCUGACCGCAUGCAGAAGGAAAUCACAGCACUGGCUCCCAGCACCAUGAAGAUCAAAAUCAUCGCCCCGCCAGAGCGGAAGUACUCAGUGUGGAUUGGGGGCUCCAUCCUGGCCUCCCUCUCCACCUUCCAGCAGAUGUGGAUCAGCAAACCCGAGUAUGACGAGGCCGGACCCUCCAUUGUCCACCGGAAAUGCUUCUAAGCCCCCUCCCAAUACCC